AUGGCUCUUGUUCCAUCCAUAUUUUGUCAGAUGAAUGGAGAGCUCCGGUUACGUAAUGGUUCUUAUCUUCACGAGGGUUUAGUCGAGGAGUUCAGCGCGGAGUACAACGAAUGGAUCAACUUCUGUGUUGACGGGUUCGACGCGCAGGAAGCCCGCGUCGUCUGUCGAAAUCUCGGGUUCCCGGAUGCCGCUUUUGCACUCGACACCGAUGCAGUGUUCGGAUCGGAUACCCAGUCGUACUACGCAGUGUCUCUUGACUGCGAAGGAACCGAGCCCCGGCUUGUAGACUGUAGUUACCAAGAUCUUCCCGAUUGCGCCGUGGGAUUUGGAGCUGCUGUCAUCUGCCAGAAGCCGGACUACGUCGGGUGUUUCCACAAACCCAACUCCAGCAUCCUUCACACACACUCCAUUUUCUCGAGAACCAUGACUGUCGAUGCCUGCCUCCGAAACUGUCGCGACGGUGGAUUCUCUUUCGCCUGGACGUUCGAUUCUAUGCACUGCGGGUGCGGCAAUUACAACGACUUGGCGACCUUCUCUCAAAGCGAUGCUGUGUGCUCCUGUCCAUGUGGGGGCGCUAUAUAUGAAACUUGUGGUGGACCAACCUGCUCGCAAGGAACUAGCGAUAUGAUUUCUGUCUACAACGCGCAGAAAGGAUUUUGUCUCGAUCCUGGGCGCCCUCGAAAUGGACGCAGAGCCGGAAACUGGUUUCGAUACGGGUCGAAGGUCAACUUUGAAUGUCAAGAAGGUCAUCGUCUUCGAGGUCAUGAAACCUUGCAGUGUAUGCAAGCAGUCAUGGGCGGCGAGGUCACGUGGUCGCAAUCUACGCCAUCUUGCCAAGCUAUUAAAACAAAAAAAGUUGAAGUUGAAGAAACAACCGUCUCGACAAUCGACGCCACCAAUUCCUCUUCGACAAUCGACCCAACAGGAGAAACAGCGCCACCAACGAGAGAUAUUCUCAAAAUUAACACUCUUUCAGGUGAGAUGAUAGGAGUCAUCGCUGCUAUUCCUGUCACAGUCCUUCUCGUCACCUCCGUAAUCGUCGUCGCCGUCAUUCGAAAACAGAGGAAACGUGCUACGAACCCUAUGAUAGAAGCUAUACGGUGCGACUUGCUGCUGAAAGAAAGCCCGCCCAAACCGGAAAGUCCUCCUGCGGCGUGCCCCAAGCCCCGAAAACUUCUCCCGGGAUCGGGCUCCUUCACGCUUCCGAUCCGGACGCAUUCCAGCAACUCGAGCGACUACUAUGCCUCCAUCGAUCUCUACAACAGCGACGCUGAUUACGAGAACAUCGCCCGUAAGAAGAUCACUGCCCAGUCCGGGAAAGAGGUGUUUGUCCCGCUGUUUGGUUCAAGGGUCGUUCAUCACGCGAAGAGUGGCAUCGUGAGAACUUUAAACGGACCGGUCCCAGUGGCGAAUCUGUUGCAUUAUCAUUCGCAGCAUCGGAUCGGCGAGCCCUUGAGACGGGACACGUACGAGGACACGACCAUAAUGGUGGACAAUGAUCUGUAUGCAUCAAGGGAUGAGUUCCCUUCGGAAUCCUCGGAGCAACCUGAGCCUCCUGCCCGGACAAAACACUUGGUGAAUUCUGCAGCGGAAAGGAUAGUCGAAGGCGCCGAGGAAAGUGACUACACAGAGGCAGACUUCCUGCCCGAAGAAGCAGCCCAGGGUUGAUGUGCGCAGGGUGAUCGGGCCUGAUGACAAGCUUAUGCGAGAUUCCACUAGGCCAAAACCUAUAUCGUGAAGUGUUGCAUACGAUCUUUAGACCUUGAGGAUACUAUGGACUUGAUCUGUGGAGCACGGUCAAUACAGAUGACAACGCGUGUCGAGUGGUAAAGUGUUGGGAUGCUCUCGUCACGAUCACAUACUCUGAACAAAUUUAAUGAGAAAAUUAGCAAAGUAUGAAGACGGGACUUGCUGACUAGGUUGGAAGGUGAAGGAUUCAUCAUUAUUUGAAUAGGUUUAAUGAAAUAGAUAAUGGUUAUUUACGACAGUAAUGACACAUUAAGCUUGUUGCUGAAGUAAAAGAAGACGUUACAACAGAUGGGGAUAUGAAUUGUGGCAAUCUAUGAGCUAAUGAUUUUCUACUGAAGUAAGAAAAUAUUUGAAACAAUUUCUUAUUAGUCAUGACAAAAUAAAGUUGUCUAAAAAAAAAUAACCGUCCGCCAAAUAAUUUUAUCUGCACAAAAAUGACAGUGAUCGAUAAACUCAUUUGUCUUGUCUUGUCCUGUUUCAAACCUUGAGUAAUUUUGCAACUUUACACAUUCUACAACUUUAUGAAACCCUGGGAUGAUAUUAGCUCAUUAUACAUCAUGAAUAGGAUGCUCUUUCCCAGUACUGUAUUAUCAGACCGGCAGACCUUUCAAAUUUUAGAACAAUUGUUGACACUGUGAGUUGCCAAAGUGAAGUCGUCACUUCCAGGAAGUGAAUAUCCCAAAGAAUAUUCCACCAGGGAUAACACAAAUCAUGCAAAUCCAGGAUCGAAAUUUGAAUAGGUAUGCUCUAAGAUUUGUGAUCAUUUACCAUAAUUGUAUGAACGUUAUUUAGGCCUACUUGUAAAUGAGACUAUGAUGAAACUCCUAUGGAGGUGGUCUCGGUUGCGGAUCGUGUGAUCGCUACGAAAAAUAACGCAAUGGUAGGAAAUGGCAUCAACUACGCGACUGCAUUGAAGUGUCACGAAAUAUAUGAAACAUAUUUUAUAUAAAUUGAUUAUCCAAGUUUCUUAAAAUCAUACAUUUUACUAUAAUAUAGUAAAUGCUACUAGAAUGCUGAUUUUUGGUGAAAAAUUCUUCAUAUAAUUCCUGUCAAUCGUAUUUUUAAGAAUCCGGGU